ACAAUUUUUUCAAACAAAGUUAACGAAAAUAAAUUUUGAACAAAAAAAUAUUAAAUAAAUCGAAAAAUUUGUGGUAAUAAACGGAAAAAUUUACAUAAAAUUAAGUAAAAUAUUAAUUGGAAUGACAACAAGAAUAACUAUAGAGAAGAACUACCAAAAUAAAUUCACAAAAUGUCAAUCACGUCAUUUAUGAACAAAUGAAUGGAUUGCGCAUCUGCUACAGCCAGCAGCAGUCAGAGCCUACACAACACAGGUGCACCAAUAUUUUUUGUAGAUUGGUGACCUUAUAUCAAAAUCGACAGUGUUAAAAAAAAUUUCAUUGUUUAUUAAAUUUGACGUAUUUAUUGUCAUAAAUUUGUAAAACUGUGUGGUAAAAUGGAUUCAGAAGAAGAGACACUCUACGAUGACAUUGACUCAGGGAAUGAAUCAAGCGGAGACGAUGUUGAUUUUGCAAUGGAAGUUGAAUCAACCUCAACGAGAGAACGACAAACUGAUAUCGAUGAAUAUCCUUAUGAAGUUUUAUCAACAGAGGAAAUUGUUCAACACAUGGUUGAUUCAAUCAAAGAAGUGAAUACUGUCGUUGAGAUUCCUGCAACAACUACACGAAAUUUAUUAAAUCAUUUUAAAUGGGAUAAAGAAAAAUUAAUGGAACGGUUUUAUGACGGAGAUCAAGAGGAAUUGUUUGCAGAGGCGCGUGUCGUCAAUCCAUUUGUUAAGCAAAUUAUUACGAGACCAAAGGUUGCACCAAGAACAGUAAAUUCAGGAACAGAAGAAUGUGAAAUUUGUUUCAUGGUUUUACCAUCAUCGAUGAUGACUGGCUUGGAAUGUGGACAUCGGUUUUGCACACAAUGUUGGGGUGAAUAUUUAACAACCAAAAUAAUGGAAGAAGGUGUUGGUCAAACAAUCGCAUGUGCUGCACAUGGAUGUGAUAUUCUAGUGGAUGAUGCUACAGUAAUGAGAUUAGUAAGGGAUUCAAAAGUGCGAUUAAAAUAUCAACAUUUAAUCACAAAUAGUUUUGUUGAGUGUAACAGAUUAUUGCGUUGGUGUCCUUCUCCAGAUUGUAAUAAUGCGAUUAAAGUUCAGUAUGUUGAUGCACGGCCCGUAACAUGUAAAUGUACGCAUACAUUUUGUUUUGCAUGUGGUGAAAAUUGGCAUGAUCCUGUCAAAUGUCAUUUACUUAAGAAAUGGAUUAAAAAAUGUGACGAUGAUUCAGAGACAUCAAAUUGGAUUGCAGCCAAUACAAAAGAAUGUCCCAAAUGUAAUGUAACCAUAGAAAAAGAUGGUGGCUGUAAUCAUAUGGUGUGUAAAAACCAAAACUGUAAAGCAGACUUCUGUUGGGUGUGUUUAGGACCAUGGGAACCACAUGGUUCAUCAUGGUAUAAUUGUAAUCGUUACGAUGAAGAUGAAGCAAAAGCGGCACGUGAUGCACAAGAACGUUCUAGAUCAGCAUUACAACGUUAUUUAUUUUAUUGUAAUCGUUAUAUGAAUCAUAUGCAAUCAUUAAAAUUUGAACAUAAAUUGUAUGCAUCUGUCAAAGAGAAAAUGGAAGAAAUGCAACAACAUAACAUGUCAUGGAUUGAAGUACAAUUUUUGAAAAAGGCUGUUGAUAUUUUAUGUCAAUGUCGUCAAACAUUAAUGUAUACAUAUGUGUUUGCAUAUUAUUUGCGUAAAAAUAAUCAAUCUGUGAUCUUUGAAGAAAAUCAAAAAGAUUUAGAAAGUGCCACUGAAACACUAUCUGAAUAUUUAGAACGUGAUAUCACCAGUGAAAAUUUAGCUGAUAUUAAACAAAAAGUUCAAGAUAAAUAUAGAUAUUGUGACAGCAGGCGUAAAGUACUUUUAGAGCAUGUUCAUGAAGGAUAUGAAAAAGAGUGGUGGGACUACACUGAGUGACUGAAUAAUAAUUUUAAUAAUAAUAUUAAUAAUAUGAUUCAAUUGACUUUUAUAUUAAAACUAAAUAAUACAGAUGUGAUUCCUUGA